CCACUGGUCGAAAGUGGCUAUUCAUUGGAGCAAUGGGAGGCCAAGAAGCGCCAGCAAUUACUUCUGUAGGUAUAUGGGGAAACCCGACAGCUCGCUGAUAAAAACAGCCACCGAACAGAGCUCUGGAUCACUUCAUACUUAAAAAUUGUCAGUCUAAGCCAUCUGUUGAGGUUUGUAAAGCCUCGCAUUUCUGAAGCGGUGGGCUGCUUAUGGGCCUCGUUGUCUUGUAUUGUGUUAAAUGUAAUCAGAUGAGAAGACAGGCAUCAGUCUGGAAGAAUGUGGCCAGCUGACUUUAAUACCUACAGAGUGGCAGAAGAGACAAUCACUUGUCCCUUCAACAAGGCACACCAAAUUACUGGGAUGCGAUAUCAUCUUCACAUCGUCAGGUGUGCCAAGCAAACAGUGGGCCGUGACGUCCGCAUCUGCACGUUCAAUGCCAAGCACAUAAUCGACGUGCCGAAGUACGCGCACCACAUCGAGCACUGCCCGGACCGGGACCGCCUCGACCGGGUCAUCACGGAAAAACUGGCCGAGAUCCACGAGUCGGACAAACGGAUCCGGUCCCAGCCCAUCGACAGCGCGCCCGACUUUCAGUUCUCCAGCGGCGAGAACUGGGACGACGACGUGGCCGCGGUUCCGUCGUACCGUCGCCGCGGCUCGUAUGACCCGAGCGCGGCCAUCUCCAACCGAGACGUGUACAGGUUCCCGCAGGAGCCGAUGGGCAAGUCGUCGCGGCGCCAGUUCCGCUCGGAGACGGUGGCGCGUCUGAGGCAGAUCCAGGAGGGCGGUUCGGCGCCGCCGUCAGCAGCCAGCUCCACCACGGCAGCCUCGGCCUCGACGGGGGUGGGCCGGCGCCCCACCGUGCCGCGCAUGCCCUACUCGAGCACACUGGCUCUGACGGCCCGGCCGCAGCUCGGCAGGGGUCAGCGGGUGCAGGAGGUGACGGCGCCGGUGGGCCUCAGCGCCGGCCCCAGCGCUGACCAGUCGGUGGAGAAGGCCCUCCACAGGAUGAACCUCGGAUGUGGCCGCGGUCGUGCCAAGCAGACUGUGGUGAGCCUCCCGGGGACAGCAGCUCCGGGCACCGCCGGACUUUCCAUCUGGUAAAGGUCUUUGUCCGACUACAGCUGACUGGGUGGGCGUGGUGUCCCAUCACGUCGCGCGGGCCUGGCUGGGACGGUAGGCCGCAGUGCUGCUGAAGAAGUAUCGACAGCUCUGGGCCAGAGCCACCACUACCGCCACCGAUUUAAGCUCAGAGUCAUGUUUACAGGACUGUCAUUGCCAUCAGUUAUGUCUGUUAAACUGCAGGCUGUGGUAGAGGUGAUGGGUAGAUGUGGUAAAAUAAGUUUGUUUCAUUUUCACUUCGCUACAGUAGACAACUGUAGCUGGUUGGAGAGAGAGCUGUGAGGUCCAGCCAUUUAGACGUCAUACUCAUGGCUGAUGGCGUUUAUUUUGAGACAAGGUAAGCCCGGAUACCCGAAUCUGUAGAUGCCGCAGUCUUUCCUUACCCUAUUUGAUGUUCCUAGGCCGAAGUAAGGUCGUACAAAUAAGUGUACAACUGAGAACUUUUGUUGACUGUGACGCCAGAGGCGAAUUUUGUUGACGCAGUACAAACAGUGAGCCCCUGUUGGAUAAUAUACGUCCAAUUUAU